AUGGCGAAGAGGGUGAGAGGUGAUCGAGGCGUUCAGCAGAAGUUAUCCUCAUCGACGGAGCCGAGAUUCGAAGAAGGCGCAGAAACAGCAAUGAACAGCAUCAUUACCACAUCCACCCACCCGGUUAGGAACCAGAUGGCGCUCUUGGCCAAUCAAAUUGUGGAUGCAAGAAUACUCAGCAGUAUGAACGGGAGAGUGGAGCUGUCUCAGUUCCUGAGAAUCACCAAUCAAAGCAUUGUCACACAGGUAAAUUCUGCUCAGGAUGACAACCGCAAGAACAGGAAGUAUCCCUGCCCAUUGUGUGGGAAGCGCUUCCGCUUCAACAGCAUCCUCUCUCUCCACAUGCGCACUCACACUGGGGAGAAGCCCUUCAAGUGCCCAUACUGCGACCAUAGGGCCGCGCAGAAGGGCAACCUCAAGAUACACCUUCGUACACACAAGCAAGGCAUUCUGGGCAAAGGCCGUGGGAGGAUAAGGGAGGAGAACAGGCUGCUUCAUGAGCUGGAGGAGAGGGCCAUACUGAGAGACAGGCAGAUGAGAGCUGGUAACAUCAGCCAACAGCAAACACCAGCUUUUCUGCAGACCGUUCCAACAGAGUCGCAGUUCUCAGACAUCUCUGGGGCAGCAGAUCUUCCACCACACCGAGCCACAUCUCCUAAGGUGACCCCAGAUGAAUCCAUCCAGCCCCAAAGCGCUGGCUUCCGCUGCUCCUUCUGCAAGGGAAAAUUCAGGAAGCAGCAGGAACUCGAGCGUCACAUCAGGAUCCUGCACAAACCCUACAAAUGCACUCUGUGUGAGUUUGCUGCUGCACAAGAGGAAGAUCUCAUUGGCCACGUUGAAAUGACACACAUAACGGCUGAUUCGGGCCCAGGACAGAAGCUGUCAAUGGGAGCCAGUGAUAAGGGGAAGCCCGCCGGUGAAUUCCCUUGUGAGGUGUGUGGCCAGACCUUCAGCCAGGCCUGGUUUCUGAAGGGUCACAUGAGAAAACACAAAGAUUCUUUUGAACAUUGCUGUCAAAUUUGCGGUCGCCGCUUCAAAGAGCCCUGGUUUCUCAAGAACCAUAUGAAAGUCCACCUCAACAAGCUUGCUGCUAAGAGUACCAUCCUUUCUGAUCACGACUCCUCUGUUAGCAUGAACAAUCUGAGUCAGGACCAUCCAAGCAACAUCUACUCCCAAUACAUCUCCAGAAUGAACAACAGGUUCCAGGCGCCUGAGCGAGCAGAUUUACCCAAUUACGACCUCAUGAUGGCCACAGCAGGCACUGACAUGAAGGUCAGAGAGGUGUUGGGGAGGAUGAUUUCUUCCGGUCCAGGUCCGCUGACAGACACAGAGAGUUCCUUGUUGACCUUAAGUCAUCUCCACCCUCAACUGAGCUCCACUAGCAUGGAGUAUCUGCAGAAAGUCAUCUCAAACCGAGAUGCUCUCAACAACAGUGGUAGCUAUGCAGGUUGGCAGAUCAUGUCACCUGGGAUCCCUGUUGAUCAGCAAAUGUACAGGCCAAAAGAUCAUCAUCAACAGCAACAGCAGCAGCAGCAUCAGUGCUCUACCUAUUUGCCUGAGAGGGGUGUCCCUGUGGAUGAUGGGAAACUGUGUCUUAGUGAUACAGACGCUAAGGCUGUCAGCAGACCUGGGAGCCCAGGCAGCGUGAGUCACCACGGUCCAGCGGAGAUGAUCACAGAGGCAGGGAAUCCCGUCAACAAUCAACCAGAAUCCUCCUCUACACCUACAGGUGAGAAUGUCUACAGGUGUCCAAUCUCCAGUGACUAUACAAGUGCACAGGCAGCCUCUCUCAGUUUCCAUCUGGACCGCUACCACUUCCCCCACUGGCAGAACAGCAGAGAUCUUUCUUCUCCUUUGCAGCCCAGUAGCAGCAGCAGCUCCAGUCCCAACACCAAGCACGGACCAAGAUCCAGAGAAGACUGGAGUCCAGCUGCAGGGCAGUACCUUGGUCUGGAGUGCCACACCGAGGAAGCCAUACUUGCCACAAAGCAGUCCAACCCCAAUGAUAAAGAUGUGGAAGCCUCCGUGUCAGGUAAAACCAGAAAGUCCCAGUAUGAGCCAUUGGAUUUGUCUGUCAGGCCAGAGUCUGUCCCAUCUCAACCAGCCUUGUCUUCUGCUGCACUGGUGCAGCUCUCUGGCCUUUUUAGUAAUGGGCUCUCGUCCACAAUUAGCCGCCGGCUACAAAGUUACCCAAAUGCAGCAGCUGAACUCAGUAUGAAACCAGCAUAUCAGUGUGACCUUUUGGUGCAGGGAACAAAAGAAGACAUGAACUCACAAUCUUCAGGCUCCAUAGGUCACGACGUUGAGGUUGCAUUUGAGACAUUUGAGAGGGAAGAUAAAAACGAAGAUUCUGCAAAGUGGAAGAUGCUGAAAAACGAUGCCCCUGAGUCAAAGGAGCUGGGACAGGCCGCUGCUGAUUUUGAGGGUCAAGGUGGAAAGAAUCAAACCAAGCUUGGUCAGUGGGGAAGAGCUGUGGCUGAUACUCCCACCUCCUCUUUUGAGAGCUUGACUCCAGGACGGGCAGACUCACUCCUGCACCAGGGGGCACUGCUCUCCUUCCUCAGGUCCCAGGGGAACCUGAGCAGCCCACCUGUGAGUGCACACAAAGCCAGUGUGAACGGCGGAGAGAAUGUGGAGAAAGAAACUGGAGUUCGGAAGCCAUUCCAGUGCAGGUACUGCCCCUACAGCGCCUCCCAGAAAGGAAACCUGAAGACCCACGUCCUCUGUGUUCACCGCAAGCCCUUUGACAACAGCCUGUAUCCCGACCGCCGCCUGCGACGCUCGCACACGCCCCAGACCCCCUCCAGAUUGUCUCUGGGAGUCACAGGAGAUGGUCGUGAGUCAGGGAGGGACCAGAUCAGUCUGCCGUCGGUGUGUGGGACUUGAUGCUGCCAUAGCAACUGAAGAUACAGAGAGACAUGAUAACUGCUUUAGCCUCACCUUGAAAGGGUUAAGAUGAUUGAGAUUGUUAUAAAAAAAAUGUUAACGACCAACCUUGAUGUACAUUCCAGUGUUUACUUGAAGAGCCACAGUACGUAUUUAUCUGUAGCAAAAGAAGCUGCCUAUAAUAAUAAAGUCCAU